UGGCGGUCUGUUACAAAUGGAGUUAUUCGUGGUUAUUUUCAUUUAAUUUCUGUUUAUUUUAGCAGUUUCAAUUUAAGGAAUACAUUUUCAUAUAAUAUAUAAUGUAAGUGGAUGAGAAAUAUAUAAUCCCAUGCCGUAUUCUGAAGAUGCCCUUAAAUUCUAUGCCUGAAACUAAAAAAGGAGUCGAUAGAACUAAAUUUUCACUGUCUCUGAAUAGAAAUAAUGCAACACAAUUAAGGAACGAAAUUAAAAAACCGGGUUGUAAAGAUAGUACUUAUUCCUGUGAAAAAUCCUACGACGAUAAAGAAAAUAAACCUAUCAAGAGACCUUUACAAGGGACUUACAACAAUACCUUGAAUGCUGCUAAAAAGCUGAAGCCUUUAGAGUCAUCAAAAGUGGGAGCUUCAUUUGCGGAACCCCAGUUAGUGAUACUAAAGCCCAGGCAAGGCAGCACUGCCAUGUUGAAUGGCCACCACUCGUCAGAUAAUCAGUAUGGGGGGAGCUCCCAAUCCAAGGCUCCUAUCGCCACCCUCUCUAAUCUUGGAAACACAUGUUUUCUUAACAGUGUAUUGUAUACUUUGAGGUAUGCCCCUCAAUUUGUCCAUAAUCUGCACCAUUUAGUGUCAGAUUUGAGUAGAGUGGAACAGAAACUUGGCAGCAUCAGGUUAAAGAGUUCCUCCCUCGGUAGAAGUGCAGCGGGCAUUGCCUCUUCAGGAACAAGGUCCUGGAGCAGUAAAGAUUUACUGUCUUUGGGUCAAUCAGAUAAUAGUUCCGGAAAGAGUAAAAUACAGAUAGCAACAGAGAAACUUCACGAGACAUAUUUAAGCCUUCGCGCAGUGGAGAGCAAAUGUAUGAACACAACAGCUGACACAAGUCCUGAACCAUACGCAGCUGAUGCCUUUUUAGCAGCUUUGAGAGAUGUCAACUCUACUUUUGAAGGUAACAGACAACAAGAUGCGCACGAAUUAUUGGUGUGCAUAUUGGACAAUAUACGCGAGACGUGUCGAGCGUUGAGCGCUCGCGCCUCGCGACUGCAGUUGCAAGAAAAUGGAGAUAGCAAUGGUCUCAGCCGUCCGCAAACGAUAGAGGACGGCGGCAAAACGUUGGGCAACUUGCGCAAGUCAUGGAAGAAACGCAAGGAGGUGAAACUGAAUGAUAGACGGUGUUCGCCCACUGAGGAAAGAGCUCCGUCGCCAGCUGAUCCGGAGAGGGAUGAACGGGCUCGUCCAGGGUGGGAUUUUGUUGCUGAUGAUUUUGAGGGCACGAUGGUGGUGCGCACCAUGUGCCUGGAGUGCGAGACGGUGACGCAGAAGGCGCAGGCGGUGUGCGAGCUGUGCGUGCCGGUCGGCGACGACGACGCGCCCGACGAGCCGUUCCGCGCCGCCUGCCUGUCCAGCGAGUACCUGCGCGAUCAGAACAAGUACUGGUGCGAGCGCUGCCUCCGCUACAACGAAGCGCGGCGCAGCGUCGCGUACUCGCGCCUGCCGCGGCUGCUGGUGCUGCAGCUGAAGCGCUUCAGCGGCGGCAUGGAGAAGAUCACCCGCCACGCGCCCACGCCGCUGCUCAUGCCGUGCUUCUGCGAGCCGUGCGCGAGACGCGGCCCCGACCAACAACCCGCACACAGGUACAUCCUCUGGGCGGUCAUAAUGCACCUCGGACAAACGCUAACCGGCGGGCACUACGUCGCAUACGCGAGGGAUAGCUCACAAGCCGACGUGAAAUGCGAUCGAGAGAGUAACAACGACUCCACCGCCUCAAACACCGGCACCAGCUUCAUGAGGACACUCUUCAACCGACCCAGGCCACAACAAACAGGCUGUACAGCCCGAGACUGCUGCGUUCCCAGACACAGGCCGGAAACUGGCUGGCUGGCCUGCGACGAUGACCUUGUCAAACCCAUCUCCAACGAAGAAUUCGAAGACCUCCUCUCUGCUGAACCCAAAAUGAGAUCCGCGGCCACACCCUACCUACUGUUCUACGUGAAAAGUGAAGUCGGUUAGUGCUAGUGUAUUCAUUAGAUGUAGCGGUGAAUGUUUGUUAUUAUUUAUAAUGCUUUAAAAGACAGACACGUUGUAUUUGUAUUGUACUGUGUCGAGCCGAAGUGAUAUUACGGAUAUGGAGUUACAGUUCAAUAGAUAUAUUUAAAGCUAAUUCUUGGUAUUCUACUGACAAUACGAACGCAAAUAUUAUGAAUAUAUCUUCAUAUAAAUGUAUUAUCUGUUAAAAUGUAUAUUGAAUGGAUUCAUAUUUAUGACGAAAUUGUAAAGCUAAAUUUAUAAAAAGCGUGUUAUGUUGUGUGAGAUGGCCUAAAGUUACAUUCGAUUUGAUACUCUUUGUAACCGUACAUUUAAAAAUGUAUUUGUAUAAAGUUAUAUGCAAAUAAAUGAAUAGAACAGUUAUUAUAGUCCAUUAAUUGUAUAUUGUAAAAAGUAAUGACAGUUCAAAAUUAGAACAAUAUGCAAAAAAUAUAUGCGCAGUAUUACCACUGGAUAUAUGAAGUGCACUUUGCAUAAAGAAAAUUUAUAUAUUUAAUUAAUUAUUAAUUAUAAAGAUGUCAUUCUGUACCAAGUGAUAGUUUUUCAGAUGGUAAUAAUAAUCCUGUUAAUAUUGUAACAGAUCACACGUUUUGUUGUCUCGAGAUCGGGUCCUCAAACUGAAUGAAAUGACACCAAUCUAUGGUUACAUAUUUGUAAACGGUAGAUGGCUUUUAAGAUUAUAAUAUUAUCAUUAUUUAUGAAAAUACUAGCGGUACGCCCCGGCUUCGCCCGUGUUACAUUUUUACGUUUUCUCUCCGUAAGAACCAUCUUCGUACUUCAAAAAAUGUAAUAAAAAAUGAAUUAACGAAAUCGGUUCAGUUGUUCUCGAGUUAUGCGCUUACCAACACAUUUUGCGAUUAUAUAUAGAUAGAUUUUGAUUAGCUUUCAUAUGAAUUAAAGUUGUGUUUGACAUUCCAUGCAAUGUUUUACUAGAAACAUAUUGAUUAAUGCUUUGUGGAAAUAUAACAAUUAUAUACUGAU